AAUUGCACUUUCCCUUAUCCCAUAUCCAAUUUGUAAAAAUCAGAAUGAUUCACACUAUUCUUUUCUUUUUUGUUCUUCUCUCAUCAUAUACCUCUUAUGCUGAUGAUUUAUGUGUAGCAGACUUACUACUCCCAAACACCCCUUCAGGCUAUCCAUGCAAAUCAGAAACAAAUGUAACAGUGAAUGAUUUUGUGUUCUCUGGCUUAGUACCUGGAAGCACAAUAAACCCUUUUAAUUUUGCAAUAACAUCUGCAUUUGUCACUAGUUUACCAGGUCUUAAUGGACUUGGUAUCUCUGCAGCAAGAGCAGAUUUUGGUAUAAAUGGAAGUGUUCCAGUGCACACUCAUGAUGCAACUGAAUUACUUAUCGUUGUCGAAGGUCAAAUUACUGCCGGAUUUAUUACGCGAACUAAAGUUUAUUCGAAAACUAUUAAACCUGGUGAUCUUAUAGUUUUUCCAAAAGGACUAUUGCAUUUUGUAGUGAACUCUGGUGUUGGAAAAGCUGUUGCUUUUGUUGCUUUUAGUAGCUCAAAUCCUAGCACACAAAUACUUGAUACUCUAUUAUUUGGAAACAAUUUAUCAACUUCCAUAAUUGCAGAGACUACUUUACUUGAUGUGUCACAGAUUCUGAAACUGAAGGCUCAGUUUAACGGCACUGGCUAGAAAUGCUUAUGAAUCCAAUUCUAUGUUUGUUCUAAAUUAUGUAUAUGUUUCGUUUUUGUGUUUUUAUGUCAAUUUUCAUUUUUAAUAACACGAGAGAAUAGUAAGGUUCUUAAUUUUGUAUAAA